AAAGAUGCCAACCAACGGCUUGCACCAAGUACUGAAGAUCCAGUUUGGCCUUGUUAACGAUGCCGACCGCUACCUGACAGCAGAGAGCUUCGGCUUCAAGGUCAAUGCUUCCGCGGCCAGCCUCAAGAGGAAGCAGAUUUGGGUCCUGGAGCCCGACCUGGGGCAGGGCUCUGCUGUGCUCUUCCGCAGCAGCCACCUGGGCCGCUACCUGUCAGCAGAAGAAGAUGGGCGCGUGGCCUGCGAGUCAGAUCAGCCGGGCCGUGACUGUCGCUUCCUGGUCUUGCCGCAGCCUGAUGGGCGCUGGGUGCUGCAGUCAGAGCCACACGGCCGCUUCUUUGGUGGCACCGAGGACCGGCUGUCCUGCUUCGCCACAGCAGUCUCCCCGGCAGAGCUGUGGACUGUGCACCUGGCCAUCCACCCGCAGGCUCACCUGCUGAGUGUGAGCCGUCGGCGCUACGUGCACCUGUGCCUUCAGGAGGAUGAGAUGGUGGCAGAUGGUGACAUGCCAUGGGGUGUGGAUGCACUGGUCACCCUCAUUUUCCAGAGCAGGCGGUACUGCCUCAAGUCGUGUGACAGCCGCUACCUUCGCAGCGAUGGCCGGCUUGUCUGGGAGCCUGAAGCCCGUGCUUGCUACACGCUGGAGUUCAAGGCCGGCAAGCUGGCCUUCAAGGACUGUGAUGGCCGGUACCUGGCGCCCGUGGGGCCUGCCGGCACGCUCAAGACUGGCCGCAACACAAGGCCCGGCAAGGAUGAACUCUUCGACCUGGAGCAGAGCCACCCACAGGUGGUGCUGGUAGCUGCCAACCACCGCUACGUCUCUGUGAGACAAGGAAUCAAUGUCUCAGCCAAUCAGGAUGAAGAACUGGAUCAUGAGACAUUCCUGAUGCAAAUCCACCAGGAGACAAAGAAGUGUACCUUCUAUUCUAGCACUGGGGGCUACUGGACCUUGGUCACUCAUGGGGGCAUUCAGGCCACAGCCACACAAGUUUCUGCCAAUGCCAUGUUUGAAAUAGAAUGGCACAGUCGGCGGGUGGCACUUAAAGCCAGCAACGGGCGUUAUGUGUGCAUGAAGAAAAACGGGCAGCUGGCCGCCAUCAGCGACUUUGUGGGUGAGCCCCUGAGGCCACAGCCUGGAAAGGACAGGCAGGGCGGGAGUGGUCGGUCCACAGCACCCUGUCCUACAGGUGAGGAUGAAUUGUUCAUCCUUAAACUCAUCAACCGACCCAUCCUGGUGCUGCGUGGCCUAGAUGGCUUUGUCUGCCACCGCAGAGGCUCCAACCAGCUGGACACCAACCGUUCCACCUACGAUGUCUUCCACCUGAGCUUCAGGGAUGGUGCCUAUCAGAUCCGAGGCCGUGGAGGUGGGUUCUGGUACACUGGCAGCCAUGGAAGUGUGUGCAGUGAUGGUGACUUGGCGGAAGAUUUCCUCUUCGAGUUCCGAGAGCGUGGCCGUUUGGCCAUCCGAGCCCUCAGUGGCAAGUACCUGCGUGGAGGUGCCUCAGGGCUGCUGCGUGCCGACGCAGACCUGCCUAUGGGGGAGGCUCUCUGGGAAUACUGAGGACUCAGAGGCUCAAUCCCAGAGCCCACCGACUGACCCAGCA